CGAAUAUUUGGACAGAUCGAUUCGCCGCCAUCCUCACCUCGCGACUGUAAAGAGUGCCUGCUUCAUCACCCUCCGGCGCUUAUGUAUCGGAUUAUCAGCAGGCCGCCUCCUCGCGAUGAUUGCUCCGAGGACAAUGCACCCCAGGAUAAUGCGGGGAAUCACCCAGACGAGGCUGGAGGCGAGGCAGAGGAGGAAGCGCCCUCCGUACCCGAGGACUCUGUCGAUGAGCGAGAGUCAUCAGUGCUGAGCGACCUCUCUGCGGCGGACUCAAAUACUCCUCAAUCAGCGAGUGCCUUGGAGAAACAGUCGCCGACACAAUCUCUGCACUCUCUUUCUGCGUCAGCCAAUGACAACAUUGCAGCGGCCUCGUCUUCGCCCACGACAAACAGGUCCAGCAAGCCGUGGUCCCCAGACAGGCGAAAUGCGGACGGGAUGCACGAAUGCCCGGUCUGCACUAAAGGCUUUCAAAGGCCCAGUGGCCUCGCCACGCACAUGAACAUCCACAACAAAAUCAAACCGUACGAUUGCGGCUUCAACGGCUGUGACGCGACGUUUGCAGCGCGCUCGAAUGCGCGACGUCACCGCCACAGGCAUGGCUCGGACUUUGUGCGCGCGAUGGACGCGAAAGAGCACGCGGAGCCUAAUCCGAAGGAGCCCACAUUUGUAGAACCGAUUGUGGCAGAUCCGGAACCGAACAUAUUGGCUGGCGCCAGCACAUCGCGAGCGUCAAGUUCCGCGACGGAGACCGUGCGCUGGAUGCCGGUGAACCUCCCCAAGAGGCAUCACCGGCCGCCAAAGGCGCGCGCAGGACGGCGCGUGGACGAGGCUUGACUGAGCUUGCGGCACGCUGUUCGCGGCAUCUGGCGAGUGUACGGUGACACGACAUAUUUCCAGACGGGCAGAUAUACUCGACGAAAAGUAGGUACUACAUAUACGCGACGCGAAUGGACUAGGACGAUGCGCUCUGUAGCUGUACCACGAUUCAUACCAUAACAGUGUCCACAUACCAUACAGAAUACACGAUACCACUCGUACGCGAGACGUCUUACACACU